AUGCUGUUCAGAAACCACAAAUACGCCUCCAAGCAUCUCAGAACUCACCGGGACCGCCGAGCCCCUCAUCAUGACCACCACCACCGUGGUGGCCCCCGGCGGUACCGCAAGUACUACCACCAGCAACCUGAAGAAUUAGUGUACGUCGAAGAACCCACUGAUAACUCCGAGUCUGAAAGUAACACCAGCGACGACGACGUUCGCUACGACUACGACGUGUCGUCGUCGUCGGCAUCUGAUUCUGACUCGGACUCCGACGACGAUGACUUCGACAGCUCUCGGGACAUCAUGGUGUACGACGACCUCUCCGAAGGUGACGUGGAAUUGAACGAACUGGAAAUCGACGACCUUGACGAAGAAGACAUUUUGCGCAUUCUUGAGCACGAGGGCCGUCUUGUUGACUUGAACGACGACCUUGUGGCUUUGUACGACUCGCAAGCUGAAUCGCUGAGCGAGGAUGACGAAGAAGAAGAAGAAGAUUUUGGCUUGGACUCCGACGAAGAGCUCGUGGAAUACCUCGACCUCGACGACCCCACCCAAUUGAAAGUGUUGCUGAAGAUUUUGGACGCUGCCUCCGACUCCGAAGAUGAUGACGAUGAUGAAGAUGACGACUCGCUGGACCUGGACAUCGACGUUGAGGACCAGCUUGCCCUUUGCCACACCCUUGACGACGACUCCGAGCUGUCUUCUGAAGAAGACGAAGACGAUCAAGUUGUGUUUGUUACUGUUGACUCGAGCGACUCUGAAUCCGACUCGUCGUCGUCGUCGGACUCUGACUCCGACAUCGACGUCGACUCCGACUCCGACGCCGAAGGCGUCACCAUCUACGAACGCGAAUUGCCUUACGACGAACUGGACGAUGGCGAUGACGACUACGACUCUGACGGCUUCCUUGUCGCCGAAGACUCCGAUGAUGAAUACCGUGUCGUGGACUUGAGCAAGGACUUGGAGCAGUCGAAGGACUUUGAAGUUGAAGAACACGACGACCACUACAAGAUCAACAUCCGCUUGGACUCGCUUGUCACUGAAGAAUUGCGCCUCGACUUUAAUAAGGCCGAAAACGAGUUGAUUGUCAAGGGCAAGUUUGACUUUGGCAUUGAAGACUCGGAAAACGAUGACGAAGAUGACGACGAAGACGACGAAGAAGGCGAACCCGUCGAAGCGGUGGUGACUGUGGCUGAAGAAUCCGACUCGGAAACCAGCUCCCUGGACUCUGAGCUGGACUCGUCGUCCGACCUGGACUCGCUGGACCUGGACUCCGACCUGGACUCGCUGUCGAGCUCGCUGUCGUCGGACUCUGACUCCGACUCUGACUCCGACUCGCUGUCGGAUCUGGGAGACGAAGUCGAAGACGGCGAAGAAGGUGAAGAAGCCAUUAAGGAAGUCGUUGCUGAAAUCGUUGCUGAUGCCCUUGCUUCUGCCGGUAAGAAACUUGAAGAAGAAGCCCAAGACAAGGUUGAAGAAGACGACGAAGACGAAGACGAAGAGUUUGUUGACUCCGGUGCCGUUGCUGACGUCACCUGCGACAUUGACGAUGAAGAGAUCAUGGAAGACGCCCAAUACCUCACCAAGGACUUCGAGACCCAGGAAAUCAGCUUUGAAAAGCACUUCCGCUUCGACAAGUUGGUGGCGUUUGAAGACAUCACCGCCAAGUUCACCAACGACGAGUUGGUGAUCACCGUCCCCCACACCGGCGUUGACUACUUGAAGGAGGUGAACUAUGUCCCCAUUGCCAUCGAAGCUAAGGCUAUCGAGGACGUCGAGAUGACUGAUGCUUAA